AUGGCCGCGCCGCCGGGCCCCGCGCUGCUCUGGGCGCUGCUGCCGCCGCUGCUCGCCCUCGGCGCCGCGCAGCCGGGCCCCGGCGGGGCGCAGCCGGGGCUCAGCCUCCACCCGCCCUACUUCAACCUGGCGGCGGCCGCCCGCAUCUGGGCCACGGCCACCUGCGGCGAGGCGGCGGGCGGCGGCGGGCGGCCGCAGCUCUUCUGCAAGCUGGUGGGGGGCCCGGCCGCCGCCCCGCUGGGACGCGCCAUCCAGGGCCAGUUUUGUGAUUACUGCAAUGCUGCUGAUCCCAGCAAAGCUCACCCAAUAACCAAUGCCAUUGAUGGCACUGAGAGCUGGUGGCAAAGUCCCCCUCUUUCCAUGGGCUUGAAGUACAAUGAAGUCAAUGUCACCUUAGACCUGGGGCAGCUCUUCCAUGUUGCCUAUAUCCUUAUCAAGUUUGCAAAUUCUCCUCGUCCAGACCUCUGGGUCUUGGAAAGAUCGGUGGACUUUGGAAAAACUUACACUCCCUGGCAAUAUUUUGCUUACUCGAGAUUAGAUUGCUUGGAGCGCUUUGGAAAGGAAGCAAAUCUUCCCGUGAGGAGGGACAGCGAUGUCCUGUGCACCACCGAGUACUCUCGCAUUCUGCCUCUUGAAAAUGGAGAGAUUGUAGUAUCUUUGGUAAAUGGCCGCCCAGGAGCAAAAAACUUCACUUAUUCCCCUGGUCUUCAAGAAUUCACAAAGGCAACAAACAUCCGCCUCCGCUUUCUCAGAACUAAUACUCUGCUUGGACACCUGAUAUCCAAAGCUCAGCGGGACCCCACUGUAACUCGCAGAUAUUACUACAGCAUAAAGGACAUCAGUAUUGGUGGUCGAUGUGUUUGCCAUGGCCAUGCUGAAGUCUGUAAUCCAAAGAGUACUGAAAACCAAUACCAGUUUCAGUGUGAAUGUCAGCAUAACACUUGUGGGGAAACUUGUGAUCACUGCUGCCCUGGAUAUAAUCAGAAACAGUGGCAACCUGCAACAGCUGGGAGUACAAACAUAUGUGAACCCUGCAAUUGCCAUGGACAUGCCAUUGAUUGCUACUAUGAUGCUGACGUUGAUCGGCGUCGAGCAAGCUUAAACAUCCAUGGGCAUUAUGAAGGUGGAGGAGUCUGCAUUAACUGCCAGCAUAACACAGCUGGGAUUAACUGUGAGAAGUGUGCAAAAGGUUACUAUCGUCCUUACGGCGUUCCAGUGUGGGCUCCUGAUGGUUGCAUACCUUGCAGUUGUAACUUGGAGCAUGCAGACGGCUGUGAGGAAGGGUCUGGCCGCUGCUUCUGUAAGCAGAAUUUCCAGGGAGACCACUGUGAACGCUGUGCUGAUGGAUUCUAUGGUUAUCCAUUUUGUGUCUAUAAUCCUGUAUAUCCUUCUACUUCUUCAGUUCCAAGUGAUGCUGUGGCUGGUGACAUAAUAGAAGGAGGCUGCAAACCAGGGUAUUUUGGCCCCCGGUGUCUGCCAUGCCAGUGCCAUGGUGCAGGAGUGCUGGGCAGUGACUGCGAUGGCAGUACUGGGCAGUGCAGAUGUCGAACUGGAUUUGGGGGUUUUUCCUGUGAUACCUGUGCAGCUGGCUAUUUUCAGUACCCCUUCUGCCAGGAGUGUGAAUGUAACUUGAUGGGUACCCAGCCUGAAGUCUGCGAUUUUCUUGGGAGGUGUCUUUGCCGCUCAGGGGUGGCAGGACUUCAGUGUGACAGCUGCCAGCCUGGCCACCACUCGUUCCCUGCCUGUCAAGGUGUCAACAGCGAGUGUGACCCUGCAGGUAGCAUUGGUUCUCAUUUUGGAUAUUGUCAAUGUCUCCAGCAUGUUGAAGGUCCUACCUGCAGUAAAUGCAAACCCUUGUAUUGGAACCUGGCCAAAGAAAACCCUGAGGGAUGUACAGAAUGUCAGUGUGAUGUCAGUGGAACACUAAGUGGAAUUGCAGAAUGUCAGCAGGAAAAUGGGCAGUGCUACUGCAAACCUAAUGUUUGUGGAGAUUCCUGUGACACUUGUGAAGCUGGUUAUUAUGCUCUUGAAAAAAAGAAUUAUUUUGGCUGCCAAGGCUGCAGGUGUGAUGUUGGAGGAUCCCUCAGCCCAGCCUGCUCCCAGCCCUGGGGCAGCUGCCGGUGCAGAGUGCACGUCGUGGGCACCACGUGUCGCGAGCCUGAAAAAAACUAUUUUUUUCCUGAUCUGCACCACAUGAAGUUUGAGAUUGAAGAUGGUACUACUGUCCAAGGAGAGAAAAUUCGGUUUGGCUAUGAUCCUCAGGAAUUUCCUGGCUUCAGUUGGAGAGGAUAUGCACAGAUGUCCUCUAUACAACCAGAGGUGGUUAUGCCUAUCACUGUGGCUUCCCCUAAGCUCUUCCACCUAGUCCUCCACUAUGUCAGCCUGGGCUCAAAAAGCUCUAAAGGGAAGAUCUCAGUUGCUGAGGGAAAACAUAUUGGCACUAAUUAUACUUGGGCUGCUCAGAGCAAAGAGUUUGUCUUCCCACCCAGCAAGGAGCCAGCUUUUAUCACAAUCCCAGGAAAAAGCUCCACAGAGCCUUUCUCACUGGCUCCAGGCAUGUGGACUGUCAGUAUAAUAGCAGAGGAAGUCCUCUUGGAUUAUCUGGUGCUGUUACCUAGUGAUUACUACAAGGCGUCCCUGUUGCAGAUCCGAGUUACGGAGCCUUGCACACAUCCUGGGCCUGAUUCAGCAGAACACUGCUUGCUGUAUCAGCAUCUGCCCCUGGGCAGAUUUUCCUGUGUCCUUGGCUCAGAGGCAGUGCAUUUCAGAUAUGGGGGAGAAUCCAGAAGAAUACCUGUGCAACAGCCAGCUCCCAAUCUGCCAGUGAUGGCCCACAUCACUGGAAGAGAGGUCAAUUUAGAGAUGACCAUAAAUGUUCCUCAAGUGGGUCGCUAUGUUCUGGUUUUUGAGUAUGCCAAUGAAGAGGAUCAGAUAAACACUGCAGAGGUAACAGUGCAUAGCCCUGGACCUGUCACUGAAGGCAGACUAAGAAUAUACAGUUGUAAAUACAGUUUCCUUUGUCGCAGCGUUGUAGUUGAUGACAGGAACCGUGUUGCAGCCUAUGACCUUCUAGCGGACACAAUGAUACGUCUGAGGGCGUCAUCGAGUAAUUUUCUUCUGCACAAGGUUUGCAUUAUAUCAGCUGAAGAAUUUUCUCCAGAAUACGUGGAUCCUAAAGUACAGUGCAUAGCUGCUUACAGGAGUAACAGUGAUGGAAGUGCAGCAUGCAUUCCCUCAGUGUUUGAGACUCCACCAGGAGCUUUGGUUUUGAAUGCAUUCAAAGAUGGGAAGAUUUCUGAAGUGCAGGAGAAUAUACUCCAUGAUCCAUUGAGUGCCAUUUUACCUGCUGGUUCAGUUCAUGGAGUCACCUUGACACCAUUGCAGAACCAGAUCACCUUGAGUGGCAGAGUGCCCCACAUGGGCCAAUACGUAUUUGUGGUACAUUUUUAUCAGCCGGCACAUCCAGUGUUCUCUGUGCAAGUCCAUGUGAAUGCAGGACAUGUGUGGUCAGGUACUUUUAAUGCUUCAUUCUGCCCUCAUACUUCUGGCUGUCGGGUUCAGGUGGUUGCAGCAAACCAAAUUGAGCUUGACAUUUCUGAAGCCAUGGUCUCUGUUACAGUGAUAAUACCGGAUGGAAGAAUGCUGGUUCUGGAAAAUAUCUUAGUUGUUCCAGCAGACACCUACAGUUACACAAUUCUUGACAAAAAGACAGUGGACAAGUCAUUUGAUUUUAUCAGCCAGUGUGGAGGAAACAGUUUUUAUAUUGACCCAGAACGAUCAUCAGCCUUCUGUAAGGACUCUGUGAGGUCGCUGGUGGCUUUCUACAACAACGGAGCCCUGCCAUGUGAUUGCCACAGUGCAGGUGCCACCAGCCCUACGUGCAGCCCCCUGGGAGGGCAGUGUGCUUGCAGACCUAACGUCGUCGGUCGCCAGUGCAGCCGAUGCCAAACUGGCUACUAUGGAUUCCCAUUUUGCAAGUUAUGCAACUGUGGGCAGCGUCUUUGUGAUGACGUGACUGGUAAAUGCAUUUGCCCUCCACGAACUGUGAAGCCAAAAUGUGAAGUGUGUGAGAAAUACUACUUCAGCUAUCAUCCCCUUGCUGGCUGCAAGAGCUGCAACUGCUCAGAAAAAGGAAUUGUUGAUGUGGCAAACCCAGAAUGUGAUAAAACCAGUGGGCAAUGCAAAUGCAAACCAGGAAUAAAAGGCCGUCGGUGUGAUCAGUGUGCUCCUGGAACUUAUGGUUUCCCUAACUGUGUGCCAUGUAGCUGUAACAGAGAUGGAACAGAGCCAGAUGUUUGUGAUCCCCAGACAGGAAUUUGUCUUUGCAAGGAGAAUGUUGAAGGUCCAGCGUGUGACACUUGCAGACCAGGAUCCUUUUAUCUGAACCCUUCUAAUCCCAGGGGAUGCACACCUUGCUUUUGUUUUGGGGCAACCAGCAGCUGUCGCAGCACGGAUCGUCGUAGAACCAAGUUUGUGGAUAUGAGGAACUGGCGCUUGGAGGCAGUAGAUGAACAUAUGGACAUUCCAGUCACUUUCAAUCCAGUCAGUAACAGUGUGGUGGCUGAUGUUCAAGAAUUGCCAGCUUCUGUGCAAAAUUUGUACUGGAAAGCACCACCAUCCUACUUGGGAGAGAAGCUUUCUUCAUAUGGUGGCUUCCUAAGUUACCAAGUGAAAUCUUUUGGCUUACCUAGUGAGGGCAUGGUUCUUCUGGAUAAGAAACCUGAUAUACGACUAACAGGCCAACAAAUGGAAGUUGUUUUUAUGGAUCCCAACAACCCACUGCCUGAUCGUCAAUAUUACGGCCGAGUGCAGCUGGUUGAGGGCAGCUUCAGGCACGCCGGCAGCGGGCAGCUGGUGUCCCGAGAAGAGCUGCUGACCCUGCUGUCCAGGCUGGAUGGCCUGCACAUCCGGGCCCUGUACUUCACGGAGACGCAGCGGCUGGCGCUCGGGGAGGUCGGGCUGGAGGCAGCCAGCAGCGAGGGCAGCGGCAGCGUCGCGCACAGCGUGGAGAUGUGUGCCUGCCCGCCCGGCUACGCCGGUGACUCAUGCCAGGAGUGUGACAUUGGAUUUUAUCGUGAGAAUAAAGGAAUAUUUGCUGGACGCUGUGUGCCCUGCAACUGCAAUGGAAAUUCAAAUAGAUGUCAAGAUGGUACUGGAAAAUGUAUUGACUGUCAGUACAAUACUGCUGGGGAGAAGUGUGAGCACUGUAAAGACGGUUAUUUUGGAGAUGCUACUCAAGGUUCCUGCCGGGAAUGCCCUUGCCCAUACACAAACAGAUUUGCAGUUGGCUGUGUGGCAAAUGGUGAAGAAAUCCAGUGUCUCUGCAAAGAAGGCUACACCGGAGCUCGCUGUGAGCGCUGUGCUCCUGGAUAUUUUGGAAAUCCACAAAAAUAUGAAGGCUUCUGUCAGAAAUGUAACUGUAAUAAUAAUGGACAGCUGGCUAGCUGUGACCACCUGACUGGAGAAUGUUUCAAUAAUGAACCAAAAGAUGUGGAUCCCAAUGAAGAUUGUGAUGCCUGUGACAGCUGUGUGAUUACACUGCUGAAGGAUUUGAGCACAAUAGGUGAUGAGCUUCAGCUCACCAAGUCUCAGCUGCAAAAUGUCCAUGCAAGUACCCACACUCUGGAGCAGAUGAGAGACCUGGAAACACGCAUCAAGGACUUAAAGGUCUUAUUGAACAAUUACCGUUCUGUUGUUCAUAAUCAAGGUUCUAAGGUAGAUGAGUUGGAGACAGAAUUUGUUAAACUAAAUCGUGAUGUAAAUGCUCUCCAGGAAAAGGCUGAAAUGAACUACAAAGAAGCUGAGAGAUUAUUUGACAAUUUUGGCCAAACUCAUCAGAAAGGAAAGGAUUUGGUUUCACAAAUACAAGUAGUGGUCAACAAUAUACGAGUGUUCUUGGAACAGGUAGCUGGCACAAACGCAGAAGGGAACAACCUGCCCCUGGGAGAUGCCUCUGAGGAGCUGGCCGAAGCGCAGCGCAUGAUGGCCGAGAUGCGGAGCCGCAACUUCGGCCAGCUUCAGGCCGAGGCAGAGAAGGAGAGGACGGAAGCUCAGCGCUUACUGGCACGUAUUAAGAAUGAACUACAGAAGUACCACCAAGAGAAUCGUGGGCUUAUUAAAGUUGUGAGGGAUGCACUGAAUGAAUAUGAAUCCAAAAUCACUGACCUUCGUGAAGCUCUGAACAAUGCGACAGCUCAAGUCAAGCAGGCUGAAGGCUUAAACAGAGACAACACAGUUCUGUUAGAAGACAUUAAGAAACGGAUUGAAGAGACAAAUGCGCAACAUUAUGGUGUCCUGGAUAUUCUGAACUCAGCCCGGUCUUCCCUGACACAAGCUAAGAGUGUACUUGGAUUAUUGCAAGAGAGCAAAGAGGAAUAUGAAAUCCUGGCUGCUCAGCUGGAUGGAGCAAGGAAGGACAUGAAUGAAAAAGUGGCAAAUCUCUCAUCAGCAAGCAAAGAACCACUGGUGGUGAGGGCCGAGGAGCAUGCCAAAUCUUUGCAAGAUUUGGCAAAACAACUGGAAGAGAUAAAGAACAGUGCCAGGAAGGACGAGUUGGUAGGCUGUGCUGUGGAAGCUUCUACUGCCUAUGACAAUAUUAUUGGUGCCAUCAAGGCAGCAGAGGAGGCAGCCAACCAAGCUGGGAAAGCAGCUGACUCAGCUUUAUCGACUGUGAAGAGAGAAGACCUAUCAGGAAAAGCUGCAAGGUUAAAAACUGAGAGCAGUGCACUCAUGGAUCAAGCACAGGAGACUAAAAGGACAUUGCAAGCUAUUGGUCCUAACCUGGAAGACCUAAAGCAAAGACUUGAUGUUGCUGAUGGAAAGACAAAUGCACUGAAAAUUGAUCUUGUCACUGCUCAAAACAAUCUCAACGGGAUAAACAGAGAUGACAUUGACAGCAUCAUCACCAGUGCAAGGAACAUGGCAGAAGAUGCCAACUCUGUCACCAAUAGUGUGUUGGGUGAACUGGUCCCAAUUGAAGCAGAAGUGGAAAGAAUUAAGAGUAACUAUGGAAGCACACAGAGUGCCACCUUCAAUAAAGCACUGAUGGAGGCAAACAAUUCAGUAAAAAAUUUGACAAACCAACUUCCAGAUCUGUUCAGCAAGAUCAAGAGUAUCAACCAACAGCUGAUGCCAAUCAGCAACAUCUCUGAGAACAUAAAUCGCAUAAGAGAGCUGAUUCAGCAGGCAAGAGAUGCUGCAAAUAAGGUUGCUAUUCCCAUGAGGUUCAAUGGCAGCUCUGGGGUAGAGAUUCGACCUCCAAGCAACCUUGAAGACCUGAAGGGCUAUACUUCACUUUCCUUGUUCAUCCAAAGACCUCAGCAAAGUACAGACAGCCAGCAGAGGGCAAAUAGGUUUGUCCUAUACCUCGGUAAUAAAAAUGCUUCCAAGGACUACAUUGGUAUGGCUGUGAAAGGUGGUUACCUUACUUGUGUCUAUAACCUGGGAGGUGGUGAUGGAGAAGUGAGAGUGCAGUCAUUGGUGACUCAAAGCAAGGCUGAGGAAGCUGUUAUGGAUCAAGUUACAUUUGAAAGGAUUUACCAGUAUGCAAAGCUGAAGUACAUCAAAGCAGCAACAUCAAUUUCUCCAGAUUAUGAAAGCCCUAGGAGUGCAAGCAGUGGAGACAGUGACAUGCUCCUCAAUCUUGAUCCCAGCAGUGUUGUCUUUUAUGUUGGAGGAUACCCACCAGAUUUUAGGCCUCCAGAUAAUCUCAACUAUCCUCAUUAUGAAGGCUGCAUUGAAUUAAACAGCCUAAAUGAGCGUGUUAUCAGCCUUUAUAACUUCAAGAGGACUUUUAAUCUCAACACCACUGAAGUCCAACCCUGCAGACGAUAUAAAGAGGAGACUGACCAAAGCUACUUUGAGGGCACUGGUUAUGCCAGUGUCACAGCAAGAGAAAGAAGUGCCGAACGAGUUCGGUACGAGCAGACAAUUGAGACGACUGCAGAUGAAGGCAUUGUGUUCUUUGCAGCAAAUGGGGAUCAGUUCAUCAGUGUGCUCAUUAGAAAUGGUCAUACAGCUUUGAGAUACAAACUUGACUCUAAAACUCCAGAAGAAGUAGAAGCCAAAAAAAUUGUAAAUGACGGAACAUAUCAACAAAUUAAUUUGGUGCUUGACCGAAGAAACGGGGUUGUGUAUGUCAGUCCUGGUAUUAGAGUCAACAUACAAGUCUUCAAUUUCACUGAGUACUACUUAGGUGGAGUUCCAUCUUUUCUACGGGAACGCUUUAAUAUAUCCACACCUCCAUUCCGGGGCUGCAUGAAGAAUUUGAAAAACCCAAGCACUGCAUCUGUUGUUUUUGAUAAGACUUUUGGUGUCAGCAAGAAAUGUUCAGAUGACUGGAAGCUUGUCAGAUCUGCAGCUUUCUCUAAGGAUGGAACACUGAGCCUGAGUGCAGCAAAUUUCCCAUUUCCGAAGGAUUUCCAAGUUGGCUUUGGCUUUCAGACAACAGCUUCUACUGGAACACUCUUAAAUUACAAUCUACGGCCUGAUGUUCUUUCCAUCUUUCUGAGUCCUGGCUCUGUAACUGCAAAGAUACGAGAUAAGGAAAUUAAACUGGAAAAGAAAUAUGAAGAUGGGUCAAUGCAUUAUGUGACUGUAAUGAAAACAGGCAACAGAGUACAUCUGAUGGUUGAUGAUGAGUCAAAAGAAGUUGACUCUCCCAGGUCAUCAAACUCACAGGAAUCAAACAGACCUAUAAAAUUUGGUGGAGAUAGUUUUGAAGGUUGCAUCUCAAACAUCUUUAUUGAAAGGGUAGGUCAGCUCCCUGAGGUUCAAAAUCUUGUCAAAAAUACUGGGAAGACUGGUGUAUCCCUUGGAGCUUGCCAGGAAUAUGAAAACCUUGAACCAAUGCUGCUGCAGGAAUUUAAAAAUCCUCUCAGGCUUAAGAUGCUCAAGAAUGAAAAAUACCUUGAUUAUUUGAAAACUGCUAAUGUGCAAAACCACCCUAUACCAGCUCCAUUACAUGACAGCAGUGAAGUUUAUCUCCUUGGAAGCAUCCCAAACAGUUUUAUAUCCUACAUGUUUUCUCCAUUGUUAUCCACAGACAGGUUACAUUUCUCUGUAGAUGUACGGACUCGAUCAUCAAGAGGAUUAAUAGUUUUCAUGGAGGGAAGCUCUGAGGACACUUAUAUGGCUCUCCACAUUUCAAAAGGACGUUUUGUCUUCUCACUUGGCUCUGGAGAAAAACAAAUCAAAGUCAGAAGCAGUAUUAAAUACAAUGAUGGGCAAUGGCACACUGUGGUCUUCAGCACAGAUGGGAAGAACGCCCGCCUUGUCGUUGAUGGUCUAAGGGCCCAGCACAGAAAACUGGCAACAAAUGCUGCCAUCAGCAUUAAGCCACCAGUCUACGUGGGAGGGCUGCCACCACUGAAGAGACAGAAUAUGCCUAUGAAGAGUUUCAAGGGUUGCCUGAGGAAUUUUAAGAUUAAUGGAAAAGCCAUGAAUGCACCUCAACAAAAACAUGGCGUACUUCCAUGUCUGGAUGUUCUCAUGGACACAGGGAUUUACUUCUUUAAUGAAGGAGGAUAUAUCACCAUUGGUAAUUUGCUGAUGGAUUUGGAUUUCAGGAUUGUAUUUACCAUUCGACCAAGGAGUUCCACAGGUGUACUCCUCCAUGCUGGAAGCAAGCAAGACAACUACUUGACUGUUUACAUGAAGGGAGGGAAGGUGAUUGCUGCUGGAAAUAGUGAUGCUGGAGAAUUCCAGGCAUCAGUCACACCUAAGAAACCUCUGUCUGAUGGACAGUGGCAUACCAUUGCAGUCUCUCAGAAGGAGAGCACAGUGCAGCUAGAGGUGGGAACACAGAGUAACUAUACCACUGUACUUCAACCCUCUCCUCCUAGACGUGUGUAUCAGCCACUCUACUUUGGCAGAAUUCCAGCAAAUUUGGACACCCCAUGGCUUCCAGUCGAAGACCCAUUUUUUGGCUGUCUUCGAAAUAUUACCAUCAAUGACAAACAUGUUUCCACCAGGAGGAUUUCAGAGGUUCAUGGUACAGUGAAUUUGCACGGGUGCCCAGAGAAGUAA